AUGGCAGCCUUCUUUCUGAGGACUUGGGUGCUACUAAGCAUCAAUCCCAGACAAGACAAAGACCCAGCUGCAGACAAAGACCUAGAAGCAGGUCACCUCCGCAGCUCCUUUGUGCUCCAUAAUCAAGACAGGGUCCCCUUGCUUGUUGGAACCACUACUCUGCGUGACUGGGUCUUCGUUCGGGCCCCAGUCUUUGUCUACAGCCAGCCUCACCUGUGGUACAGCCCGGGGCUGGUGGGGCAGGCAGGAAUGCAGCAGACAGGACUCGCUCUGGUGGCCUUGGCUGCCUGUCUGGCUUUUCCCUCCUCAGAAGCUCUACGAAGGGCAGCGGCCGGUAGCCCAAGCCGGAGCUGGGUGCUCCGGGCCUCAGUCCGCGCCGCCCAAGCGCGGCCUCAGGACGCUGGGGGCGGAGGCUGGAGUCGCCAGCGGCCUGGGGAGGUCCCAGGCGACGCCGAGCAGGUGCCUGCAGUUCCCUCGGCGGCCGCCAUAAGAGAAAAGCCGCCGGGCCUCGCCAGUGGCGCCAAGUCCGCUGCGCACGCGCAGAGGCAGGAGGAGCGGCGGGUUGUGGCUCCGGUAUGUCACAACAGGCACCACCCGCUUCUUGCUGCAGCCGCUCUCCCUCCUCCUUCUCGUCCUUGGGCUCGGGAUCCGGUUCCAGCACCAAGGCUCUGGCUCUCGGCCUCUUCUGCUUCACGGCCGCCACGACCUCAGACACCCAUACUUCCCAUUGCCUCCAGCUGUUGCACUGAGGUUUCACGUCAUAUUUCCAGAAGGCUUCUGGAGAGAGUGAAUAUAUGUCGCAUUCAGAGAGCUGAUGGGGAUUGUGACUUGGCUGCUGUCAUCCUUCACAUCAGGCGCAGGAGGGUCUGCGUCAGCCCGCACAGUCACAUUAUUAAGCAGUGGAUGAAAGAACAAGAGGCCAAGAAAAAAGCUAAAGGCAACCUUUGCCACAAGAAGAAACAGGACGGCAAGAGGAACAGCAAAGGGGCACAUCAGGGGAAACCCGAAACCCAUGGCUAUAAAACUCCUUAUUAAAGUGUUUACAAAUGAAUCCACGCAGACAGUUCCUGAAGUGAACUUGGCCAUCGGUUGCUUAUAAAUGUAUCACAUCAAAUAUUCCUUAUUGAGAGACAGCAGGGCAAAACAAAAUAUGUUUUUUAAAGGAACAAUUAUACAGGAUACAAAUGUAACCAAUAUUAUACUCAUCUGAAAAUGAAAUGAAAAGAUACUUCUCUUUAUACAAUGUUUUAAGAGCAGCAUACAGAUAGAAUUUCUCCAACUUUUGUAUUAGGAAGGUUUGCAAACAUACAGAGAAGUUGAAAGAUUAGCACAAUGAAUUUCACCUAGAUUAAUAACUGCUAAUAUUUUGCCACAUUCAUUUACUCUCUUCUCUCUUUGCUUGUGUGUAUAAAACAUUUUAUAUAUAAAUAUGUAAUUUUUUUGCUAAACCAUUUGAAAACAAGUUGCAAACAUCAUGAUACUUCACUUCUAAUUUUUUUAUGUUACAACUUAACAUCCCUCAAUA